AUGCCUCCACGACUCCAACUGAGGCCAAUGGCCGGCCGUGCGGCGGCGUCGACGUCGUCGUCGCUGUCCCUAGCAAAGCAACAUCCCAACCCUCCCUCACGCGCCGCCGUCUGCUUGUUUUGCUCAUUGUCGACACCUACGGCUCCCUCAAGAACCACCGUCAGACGCGCUCACGCCGCCAAUAGAAAAGCAUGGAGACAACGCCGCUUCCAGUCCACCGACGCCGCGCCGCCCAUGGCCGCGCCGCCCGCGAACCCCCGCGCCGAGCUCAUCGACACGCUGCUGGAGCUGCAGAAGCACGCUGUGAACCACGUCAACCUCUCCCGCCUGCAGCUCGCGCUCCAAAACCUGCGUCAGGACCCCGGCCAAGAAGCCGUCCGCGUCGCCGUCCUCGCCCUCGCCAACGCCGCGGAGCCGGGUAGGGCGGCCAAGGACCUGCUGCGUCUCAUCCUCGCCGACCCUCUGAGCGACGAGGCCGGCUGGGAGGGGGAGCUGGCCCGUCACGACACCGCGCACCCGCUCGUCGUGCGCAUCGGCAGCGAGCACGACGGCCAGUCGCGCGGGGAGCCCGCGCCAACCGUCAACAUCUCCAAGACUAACCUACUGCACGAGCUGGACGUGUCGUCCCCCACGCUCAAUGGGCACGGCAUAGAGCUUCUGCUGAUGGAAGUGAACCCCUUUGUCGCGGCCCCGGGUGAGACGGCGCAGUCGCAGGACAUGGAGGAGUCCGUCCUGGUGCCCACGGUGGAUAUACCUUCCAACACGGGGCGGUACACGCCCAUUACGACACCGGUGCACAAGGCUUUGGUGGUCUCCGAGGGGGUUAUGGGCGCGGCGUCGGUGGCGUCGCUGCCGCUGGCCGAGUACUGCGAUACGGUGCUCGCCGCCGUCGACCUGCCAGGGUACCCCGUGGAGAAGGAUGCGCACGUCACGUUCCAGCCGAUUGAUGUUUCGGUCGGCACCAAGGGCCUCGAGCUCAUCCGCCAGAACAUAGGUAACGCAAUGGAGUACGAGCGCUCCUGGUUCAAGAGCAACGUGCCGGCUGUUAUCCAAUGGCUCAAGUCCGGCGUACAAAAUGACGAGGGCCAGGUCACCAAGCCGGCGGUGCGUCUGCUCAUCGCGUCCCUGCUGCGCAACACCCUGGCCGAGAUUGAAGCUGAGGAGACGCGCUUGCUGUCCGGACGUUUGUCGACCGAGGCCUCGUCGUCCGGUCUGGCCGUCAUGAACGAGAGGCUGGCGCAGUGGUCGCAGUUUGCGCACGAGGAACUCCAGCAACAGCUCGACCUCGCCUUCGCGGGCACAAGGUGGCGCAAACUGGGAUGGUGGAAGCUGUUCUGGAGGGUCGACGACGUGGGCGUGCUCACGACGGAAAUGCUCAGCCAGCGUUUCCUCCCCGGCGCGGAGCGGGAGCUCAUCUACCUCGCCGGCCGCAUCGCCGAAUCUGGCGCUGCCGCCGCCGCCGCGGAACCGCCCGCGUACGCCCAGCCGACGUCCGAGCUGCAGAUGUCGCUGCCGGAAUCCAGCACGGCCGCUAAGGCCGUGACGCAAAGGCCAAAGUGGCCGACGCACAUCUCCUUCACGCGCCGCUACCUUCACGAGGAGACUGUUCCCGCCCUGCAGGCCCUCGCGCAGAAGCUCGUGCUGCAAGCAUCGAGCACCUCGGCCCUGACGAGCGCGCUGGCUGGACUCCUGUAUGUAUCGCAGUACGCCUCGUCGGUCUACGAGGCGGGCGCCGUCGCGGCCCUGGGCGUCAUGUGGAGCCUGCGCAGGCUGCAGACCAAGUGGGAGACGGCGCGGGCCUACUGGGAGGGCGAGGUGCGCGAGGAGGGCCGCAAGGCUGUCAGGGGCGUCGAGCAGAGCGUCGCUGACGCGCUGGACCAGUCGCGCGAGGGCACCCCCGUCGAGGGCGCCGAAGAACUACGCAAGGCCAGGGAGCUCGUGGAGAAGGCCGAGGACGCGCUGAAGCGCUUGAAGUAG